ACCGAAUAGUUUUUGGUUUGGUCUUCGGUCAUCAAUUUGGUUCACUACCCAUUUCACCCGGUUUUUGACCUAAAAAACCAUCCACACCCAAAGCCACCCGUUUGCGUCCCUCGCCCGCUGCUAUGUGCACAUUGUAUUUCUGAUUUCCUGCGAGUAUAUAACACGGACUACGAAAGACGGCGAAUCACUGAUCGGAAAUGGCGCUUCGAAACCUAAUGACUCGAAAAUCCCUUACCGGAGCUGCGACGGCGUUCCGGCAGCAGCUACGCGGCCUGCAGACCUUCACGCUUCCGGAUCUUCCCUACGAUUACGGCGCCCUUGAGCCGGCGAUCAGCGGAGAGAUAAUGCAGCUCCAUCACCAGAAGCACCACCAGGCCUACGUCACCAACUACAACAAGGCUCUGGAGCAGCUCGACGACGCCAUCAACAAGGGAGAUGUUUCCACCGCCGUCAAAUUGCAGGCCGCCAUCAAAUUCAACGGCGGAGGCCAUGUGAACCACUCCAUUUUCUGGAAGAACCUUGCCCCUGUUCUUGAAGGGGGUGGUGAGCUUCCAAGGUCAUCUUUGGGAUGGGCCAUUGACACUAAUUUUGGCUCCCUGGAUGCUCUGAUCCACAAAAUGUCUGCAGAAGGUGCUGCUUUACAAGGUUCUGGCUGGGUGUGGCUGGGUCUGGACAGUGAACUGAAGCACCUUGUGGUUGAAACCACACCAAAUCAGGAUCCUUUGGUUACUAAAGGAACAAACUUGAUUCCCUUGCUGGGCAUAGAUGUCUGGGAACAUGCAUACUACUUGCAGUACAAGAAUGUGAGACCAGAUUACUUGAAGAACAUAUGGAAGGUCAUGAACUGGAAGUAUGCAAGCGAAGUUUAUGAAAAUGAGUGCCCUUCUCCAUUUGGGUCAGGCAGAACUUGAUCAGAUGAUGAUGACUCAAGGUGCAAAGCUUUAAUGAGUUUAAUGUUCAAACAGAAAAUAAGGCAAAUUGUUCCCCAAGACUUGUCGACCUAGAUGGCUUUGUUCCGUGUAUUGCGGGUUUACUCAUAAACACAAUUGUUGUUUGGGGAUUAUUGCCCGUUGUGUACUGUGAACCGUUUGGUAAGAGUUAUUUGACUGAAUAUGUUGAAUCUGCCGAGAAGUAAAUUAUACAGAAUGCUAUUCAACACAA